UACUUGGCAGUAGUCGGCGUCACGUGUGGGAAGCAUAAAGCAAGUCAGUUAAUGGAUUUAUAUUUCGUUUGUGCAGCGGAUAGAACAAACAAAAAUUCUUCUUCUGUGUUUUAAAAAGCUUAAACAAGUUAACUUGUUAAAAGUCUUCAUCGUGUGUGAAUCAGGUCGUGUGAGCAUGCACCUUCAACUUUCCUAAUGUGAAACUGCAAGGUCUUGUUAAUAAACUUGUCGAAAAAAAUCUCAACAAACUGUCAAUAAAACAAUGGAAGUUGAACCAGAAUCAGGAGACAUGAUUGUUUCUGCCUUGGGACAACCUUUAUUCCUUGGUGAUAUCUAUGAUGACUCAACCAACACUUUUACCAACCAAGGCGUCUUAAACAUGUGGCUUGAUUUGUUCCCAGAAAAAAAGAAAUGUGUUGAAUUGAAUCAGUGGAACAAGACUUACUUUCUACGCCAACCAGAAGCCUAUCAAUGGUUGCACCUUGGCGAAGACCAGCACACCACCUUGAGAAGCAACCAAUCUGUACUUUGGUUUUCUGAAUACAUCAACUACUCUCCCCCUCCUGGCUGGACUCAUGUCACAAUCCACUUUGGCUAUCGUGGAUGCAGAGUAUCUGUGGCAGAUGUUGACAUGUUGCCAACAAUGGUGAAUUCAGAAGCUGACCCUACAGCCUAUGUGGUAAAUGAGAUCCUGUACGGUGCAAACUGCCUUCUGAUCCUUGAAGAGCCAAUUGGCAUUGGUGAGACUGAAAAAUCAGCAAAAGAUCGCAUCUUUCUUCUUGCCAAGUGCCUAGCUGAAGGAUCGGAAGAUAGUGUCGAACUUUCAGAUUCCACUCGUUGCCGAUUUUACUCCGAUUUGCCUAGUGUACAACCGCUUACCGGGACUCUCAUUCAAUGCUUCAGCGAAAUUGAAGAAAUUAUGUUCCAGAUGCAGGAUUCUGAUUUGCAUAUUCCAAUAACAGCCACGCUAAUUCCUCUUUCAAUUGACGUUACAUCACCUUCCCCGUGCCUUGACCAGGCUUUUUACAUCUCGAUAAUGAUCCGAAAAAUCAUCUCUGCCAACACAAACGAUCUCUUCCGUCUGUUAGAGGAUCCUUUUGUUCAGCUGACCAAUCGAAUGCUUCCGUAUCUCAAGCACUUUCACAAAUGCCUUAAUCUACUCUCCAUUACCAACGAUACAACCGAAACCAUCGAUUGCUGGAAAGAUAAAGAAGAACGUGUCAUUUACCUCUGGCAAACCUACAUCGCCAACAAGAAAUUAACCGAAUGGCUCGGUCAACGCAAAAGGGGUCUGGCCAUUAUCAAGAGCCUUUUGAGCCACAUUAAUCUGCCCUUUCUGGCCAAAAAGGAGCUUCCCCAUUUGGUGGUUGGUCAGAUAAGAAAAGUCUUUAUGCUCAAAACGGUGAAACAAAAGGACCCGUUCCUGGAACAGUUUCACUUGGAUUUCGCUCAACUGGAGGAAUCACCAGAAUGGUCGUUUUUGGAGAUUGUCUUUUCCACAGAGGAUCACGUCGAUCAUGUAAGAAGUAAGUUGAUGGAAUUUGCUGCAGAUGACGGGCCGUCUGUCCAGCGCUUUAUUUCUACCUCGCCCCACCAUGAAGAUGCGCAAAUCGUCACCGAGUCUGUGGAAAUCUCAGAUGACGAUUUGACUAUUCGUGGAACUCUGUUGUUGAAACGAGGAAAUCCUUCCAUCUACCUCCUGCAAGCUGAAAACAGGAUCGACCUAGACCAAUUCCGGUGGUUCGAGUUGGGAUUUGAUUCGGGGAGAUCUACCCGCCAUCGUACACUGUUUCUUAUCGGGGCAUCUGGUAGCGGAAAGAGCACCCUGGUGGACAGUUUCAUCAACUACAUCCUCAAUGUUCAAUGGACCGACCCGUUCCGCUUUCGAGUCGAUCCUGAAAGCUACGACCAGCAGAGAAAGUUAGUAACAGCUUACAAAAUCCACUACGUUGACGGGAUGUCCAUUCCUCACUCUCUGACCAUCAUCGAUACUCCUGGAUACAACGGCGACGUGGAAUCGGACAUUGAAACAACUCAACUUAUCGUCGGAUUUCUAACUCACCCAAACUCUCGUCAAAUUUUUCGGACGAUUGACGCCAUCUGCGUAGUGGCCAAUUCGACCCAGAAAAUUGCGAGUACUGCUCAAGCCAACGUCGUCGAAGCUGUCAAAUUUCUCUUUGCAAACUGCGAUUAUGCCAGGAAAGUCCACUGGUAUUGUACGUUCGCCAGUAAUCCCAAGAAAUUGCCGUGUGUUUUGGAGACGAUCCCUUCUUGUAUUUUCCCCACGGACGUUCAUUACGAGUUUGAGAAUUCGAUCCUUUUUGCUCCGAAGCGCGUUCGAUCGCAGGAUGAAACCGAAGAUGACUACAUUCUUGAACAAACCUAUUGGGGCAAGGCCUGGAGCAAUCAUCGCUCAUUUUUCUCGCAAUGGAACUUGGACGAGCCCCUGCAGAUUAUUCCACCCACUCACAACGUCUCGAGAAAUUCUAUAUUCGCCGGUUCGUCGUAAUUAUCAAUUCCUUUGUUUUCGCCCUGGACAUUAUUAUUUCAAGUCUUGUUUGUUUGAAUAUGUUGCUGUUGAUCAAUUCGUUUUUGAUUAGAACUUUCGUGUUAGUUGGUGUUUCAACUCAGAAUGAAAUGUUGGAUUAAAAUGACUUUGAAAUCCAA